CGCCACCUCACAUCCGCUUCCGGCCUCAGAUCUCCCUCUCACUUCCUCCCCUGCAGGUUUUCUUCUCGCUGAGCAUCGAGCUUUAUUCUCUAAACCCAAAACCGGAGACUCGAGCUUUCGAGUUGAAUCUGACCCGGAGACUCGAGGGGAAGAACCGGGCUGCAGCCAUGCGGGUGUUGGUCCUGUUCGCGGUGACGCUGCUGUCUCUGUGCCCGGCGGCGGUGAGCGGAGGCGAGAAGAAGAAGCUGCAGAUCGGCAUCAAGAAGCGGGUCGACAACUGCCCCAUCAAGUCCCGCAAGGGCGACGUGCUCAACAUGCACUACACCGGGAAGCUGGAGGACGGCACCGAGUUCGACAGCAGCAUCCCCCGCGACAGACCCUUCACCUUCACCCUGGGCACCGGGCAGGUGAUCAAGGGCUGGGACCAGGGGCUGCUGGGCAUGUGCGAGGGCGAGAAGAGGAAGCUCGUCAUCCCCUCGGAGCUCGGCUACGGAGACCGGGGGGCACCGCCGAAGAUCCCCGGCGGAGCGACGCUCAUCUUCGAGGUGGAGCUGCUCAGCAUCGAGAGGAGAUCCGACCUGUGAUGAAGAGGAGGAGGAAGAGGAGGGGAAGAUUUCAACACGUUCCAGGAGGUGCUGCAACAUAACGUGGAGAUCAUCCGACCUCUGAUGAAGACGACGCGGCAAAUCUGGAAGAAGAGUCGACACCAUCGUCCUCUUUUCAGUAGCUUUACUAAUGAUGCUCUGAUUUUUUUGGAACGAAGUUAUUAAAUGGUAGAAGAACUGACUGUUCUUGGAAAACAUAAGUGGAAUUGUCAGGUAGUAGCUCAGCCAAGUGUUUGUCCAGAGGCGAAUGUUAACGCCAUGACGUGCUGUUUCGUCCCUUUUUUAGUUUUUAAUUCUCUGUGAUUUAUGAAUGGAUUCAUUCACAUCCAAGUGUUAUUUUCUACAACAUUUACUAGGUGGUUGAUUUAGAUCAGGCCAGAGAAAAAUCGGUGUCAAAAGUUUUUGUUCUCAAUAUUUGAAUUCUAAUAAUAAAAUGUGGACCUAACGGGAA